CAGUCCGCUGCCGCCUCCCCCGCGCCAGCCGCGUCCCCGCGCCGGAGCCAGCAACGGCCCAGCAACGAGCGCCCAGCCCGGCCCGGCCACGCCAGCCACCCCCCAUGGAGGAGCAGCCCCACCACCACCAUCAUCACCACCACUACUACUACGGCCACCACCACCACCACCCGCAGAGCGCCUACCUGUCGCCGUCCGACGGCCGAGCCCAGCCCAAGCCGCCGCUCCGACACGAGCACAAGCACGGCGGUCCGCCGCACCAGGAGACGCCGAAACGGAGAACAGGCUACGGCGAGCUAAAUGGUAACGCAGGAGAAAGAGAAGUGUCAUUAAAGGGCCUGUGCUCUGAUGAAACCACAAGCCCAGGAUCCAGGGUACCCAAUGGCAGCCAGCAGCUCGUAGACACUAACGUGACCCCAAAGCAGCCUGUGAAGGCCAGUGCUUUGGGGAAGGCUGGAAUCAAACCCAAGAACUUCAUUCAGAAAAAUAGCAUGGACAAAAAGAAUGAGAAGUCCUACGAAAAUAAACUUAGGGAAGGCCAGUCCUCAGAGAAGCCAGAGGCUGUGUCUAUUCCCAACGGCGUGGUAACCAAUAAUUCUGGCUAUAUCACGAAUGGCUACGUAGGCAAAGGGGCCGACAACGAUGGCAGCGGCUCCGAGAGUGGGUAUACUACACCUAAGAAACGGAAAGGCAGGCGCAACAGCGCCAAGGGUUGUGAGAACUUGAACCUAGUGCAGGACAAGAUAAUGCAGCAGGAGGUCGGUGCACCAGCCUUGAAACAGGAACUUGAAAGUUUCAAGCCUGAUUAUAGUGAACAAAAGGGGAACCGAAUUGAAAAUACUAAGCCUGUUUGGAAAUACGAGGCUGGGGCAGGUGGAGCAGGCCGGGGAAAGCCUGGCCUUGGAGAUGUACAGCGAAAAAACUCCGAUGCCAAACCUGGGAUUAGCAGCAAGAAGUUUGAUGACCGGCCCAAAGGGAAGCACUCAUCAUCGGCUACGUCUAAAGAAGACUCAUGGACCUUGUUUAAACCACCCCCGGUUUUUCCAGUGGACAAUAGCAGCGCUAAAAUCGUUCCUAAGAUAAGUUAUGCAAGUAAAGUUAAAGAAAACCUCAACAAAGCAGCUCAGACCCCAUCCACGUCAUCUUCGUCGUCUUCGUCAUCUGCCGGGGAGACUCAGGCCCAGACAUCGAGUCGACUGUCCCAGGUCCCCAUGUCUGCGAUGAAAUCUGUGACUUCUGCUAGCUUCUCAAAUGGGCCAAUUCUAGCAGGGACUGAUGGAAGUGUCUAUUCUCCAGGGACCCAGCCACUGCUCUCAUCUGCUGCUAGUACUGUACCCACAACCUCCUCUGAAUCCGUACCCCAGGACACGAGUACAACUUCAGCAGCUCUGGAACAAAAGAAAUCUAGCCUUUUUAUCUACCCUUCAAAUAUGCAAACUGUACUUCUGGGUUCAGCACAGGUUGAUUUCCCAUCGCAGACAAAUCAGCAGAACCUGGGAGAUAUCUUCCAGAAUCAGUGGGGCUUGUCCUUCAUAAACGAACCCAGCGCCGGACCCGAAACCGUUGUGGGGAAAUCUGCGGAUAAUCAGUUAAUGGAAGUGACAUUUCAAGGGGAAUAUCCUGCCACUUUGGUUUCACAGUGUGCUGAAAUCAUCCCCUCAGGAACUGAACAACCUGUGUUUCCUAAGGCUUAUGAGCUGGAUAAACGGACUAGCCCUCAAAUUCUUAGUGCUAUUCUUAAGCCUGGGACUGCCGUUGAGGGUGGUGUCUUAGCUUUGGAGUCGCAUCACACAGGUGACCUACAAAAGGCAGACACCAGUAGCCAAGGUGCUUUACUGUUUCUUUCAAAAGACUAUGAAGUAGAGAAUCCUCUGGCCUCUCCUACGAACAAUUUGCUAGCCUCCGCCAAAGAACAGAGGUACCAGAGAGGCCUAGAAAGGAAAGAUAGCUGGGGUUCUUUUGACCUGAGGGCUGCUGUUCUAUAUCACACUAAAGAAAUGGAAUCAGUUUGGAAUUUGCAGAAGCAAGAUCCCAAAAGGAUAAUCACUUACAAUGAAGCCAUGGAUCGCCCGGAUCAAUGAAGGUAGCAAGACGAGACUGCCUGUUAUAACCUUUCUGCAGCAUUUGUGCUGUUCGUGGGGGACAAAAGGCUUUUAUGCUCCUUCUAAAUCUUCAGUGCAGCAGAGGAACCAUAACUAGAAUCACAGGAUAAUAUAUACAAAUAUAUAUAUAGUUAUUUAAAAAUGGCAACUGAAAGUAAUUAGACUUCUUAAGGAAUCUGAAAAUUUAUUUCAACGAGACUACACACGUGAUUAUUUAAUCUCCGGUACUGAAUAGAGAACAUUU